AUGAGUACGGUUGUUAGUGAGAUCUGUGAAAGGUUGAGAGGCAUGUUUGAGGAUGGAUCUGUAGACAUCGUUUCACUUGCCACUGCUAUUGAUUUGUAUGCAGGACAGCUGAAUGAAAACUAUGCGAUUGAAGGUGUGGUGGAAUUUUUGGAAUGCUUGGAAGGCUUAUUGAAGAAAGAUCAUGAAAUUGUUAGAGAGCUUGGAUGGGAUUUGCCUAAAGUGUUGAUAGGGUUUAUUAACCAGAAAAAUCUCAAUUGGUCUGAAGGGUUGGCUAACGACAGAGUAUGGCAUUCAGUUCAAGGUUGUUUUACUGAAGUGUCGACGUAUGGUAAUCCCAAAGAAUGCUUUUUAACUGUCUGUGACCUACUUUCUCAAUUGAACAUAAUUGGGGAUGAUGCUGUUGACGAGGAUGAUAUAGGUUCAACGGAUAUUAGCAAAGAAACUGAGACGUUGGAUACUUACGAAGAGAUGAAACGUUCUUCAGAUGAUGAGAGGCAGUUGAGUAAAGGUCAUCAGAGGUUGGAAGAUGGAGAAUCUUCUAUUUCUUUGGAUCAUCUUGUUGAUGAGGAAAGACGUGAGGCUGUUUUUGCCCUAAGAUUCCAUAUCUUGCUUGAAUUUAUGACUGCUACUCUACGUCGAAUACCCACAUUGUACCCUUCGAGAUUUUUGGGAGAGGCGAUUGGAGUAAUAUUUAAGUUGGUUAAGUCGCACUCAGAUAGUAUUAAUAAUGUGCAAGUUGUUUUAAGAAGGCUAUACGUCUUUUACAAGGAUUACACUGACAUGGUAAUCCGUAAGGUCCCCUCCAAUAAGGUUUCGAGCAAUGAAGAUCUCAAAAUAACAAUUCAGGAAGAGCAGCUACAACGAGAGUUGAUAUGUAGCGCCCUGACAUAUUCAGUGGCCCAAUUGAUGAAGAACAGCAACCCUAAAUGGUCAGUUGAAUACUUUUCCUUGAAGAAUUAUAUCCCUUUUGAAUCUUCGGACGUGGAAAAAGAGUUGAGAUUAAUUCUAGAAGACUUUGCGAAUUUGGCGGAGUCACUUAAUAUUGAUUUCAUGAACGAGUUUAUUCAGUCCUGCAUCGAGGAAUCCAAAUAUGUUUACACUCGUACUACACAGAAUGACUCAAAAAGUAAUGAACGAGUUACUGUAACUACCAGUGAUAGUAGUGAAGUUAUCUAUCAACUUGCUUAUACAUAUGAAUUAAAGAAACUUGCCGAUAUCAAACGGUUAAUUUUAGACUCCCGAGGUGUGUUGCUAAUGUUUCUAGUGAAGGACCUUAAGCCCGGCAAAAUGUGGUGUUCAAAUUACACAAUUAAUGAUGCUAUUUAUAUGUAUCUGAGGUUCAAUACACCUUCGAUGUACUCUAAGUCAUUUACAAAUAAAUCAGUGACUGACUGUACACUAUAUCUCCUAAUUAAGGUUUUAAGUGAAAAGUCGUACAAGGAAAAUUAUGAAACAAUUCAAGAGCUGCCUAAAAAUGUCAACAUGGUAUUCAUACAAAUAUCACUUAUUAAUGCAUGUACCCAACGUGAUAGUCAAUUGCGAAUGAUGCAACUUAAUAUUCUAGCGAAGAUAUUGUCCCUGGUGCCUGAAAGUAUCGCUUUUGACUUUAUUGUUAAUACAAUGCUACAAUGUCCGUAUGAGAGUGCUAAAAGUAUUGUGCUCGAUAUAGCUAAAGAAUUAAUGUUGAAGGAUCGAUACGAGAUUGGUUCAAUUAGUUAUUCUUCAGAUCAGUCAAAGAAUGAUGAGGCAGCUACCCAAGUAUCCAAUGGGGAGUUCAAUAAUGUUGCUCCUGUACCCCCACCAAGACCUCAUAUACUAAUAAAUGAAGAUAGGAUGGCUGCAAUCCAUAGUUUAGUGAUACUCGGAAUUAAACAGAAUAAAAACAGUCAAGAUCCAGCUAAACUAGGAACAGUACUUGCAUAUUUGAAUCUUUUGGUAGUUUUAAGAUACAAAUGGGAUAAAUUUCUAUUACAAGAAGUAGCAGAUACAAUUCAAACGCAUUUUUGUCCUAGCGAUACAAAUAUACCAGAGAUUGGGUUCAUCAAUAUAUCAAACAAUGCAUUAAUUGAUUUCUUAAACGAAUAA